CCCUAGCCGAUCGAGCACAACUAUAUCUUGGUCUACAUGCUGCGUCGGCGUCAGUUCCCCAAGGGACCGCCGGGAUGACCGGAGCAACCUGUUGAAACGCUUCUUAUACGCUCCGUUUAGCCCCCAUGCCUAUCUAGCCUGCUAAUCCCAUCACACAUACAUGAGGUGAGUACAUGAUCACUCUACUUCGCUAGUGCUACACCAUCAGUUAGCUAGCUGGUGAUCGAUAUGGGGAAGGUGGUCGUCGCAGAGGCCACGGCGCGUCAGGUGGUGGCCUUCGUCCUCGGCGCCGCCGCGGCGCUCACCAUCGUCGUGCUCGUCCAGUACCGGGCGCCGGCCGCCGGGCUCAGCCGCGCCAGGACGCCGGGGCACUUCUCCGGCCUGAGAUCAUCAUCCGGCGACCAGCACCACCGCCGCAACGGGACCACAGCACGUGCCGUUGUUGUUCAUCAUGCACCACCGGACAAUCGUCGCCGUCCGGCGAACACAACAACAAUCACAAAGCGCAACCCUUCCUCUACUGCCGCUGCUCUAAGUCAUCUUCCCAGCACACGUCACCAUGGAGAAAAGGGAGCGAAGGAGGAGGCGGCGGAGUUCCGGGGGCUGGCGGCAGCGGUGGCGCGAGCAGCGACGGACGAUCGGACGGUGAUCAUCACGUGCGUGAACCAGGCCUGGGCGGCGCCGGGCUCCCUGCUGGACCUGUUCCUGGAGAGCUUCCGCAUCGGCGACGGCACGGCGCGCCUCCUCCCGCACGUUCUCGUCGUGGCCAUGGACGCCGGCGCCCACGCGCGGUGCCUCGCCGUGCACCGGCACUGCUACCACUACACCAUCCCGGGGCUCAACAUCGACUUCGCCGCCCACAAGUACUUCCUCUCCAAGGACUACCUGGAGCUGGUGUGGAGCAAGCUGAAGCUGCAGCGCCGGAUCCUGGAGCUCGGCUACGGCUUCCUCUUCACCGACGUCGACAUCGUGUGGCUGCGCGACCCGUUCAAGCACGUGACGGCGUACGCCGACAUGACGGUGUCCAGCGACGUGUACUUCGGCGACCCCGACAACCUGGGCAACUUCCCCAACACGGGGUUCUUCCACGUGAAGCCCAACGCGCGCACCAUCGCCAUGACGAAGCUGUGGCACGGGGGUAGGGGUAAGUACCCGGGCGCCAACGAGCAGCCGGUGUUUAACAUGAUGAAGAAGCAGAUGGUGGCGGAGCUCGGGCUCCGGGUGCAGUACCUGGACCCGGCCUACGUCGGCGGGUUCUGCAGCUAUGGUAAGGAUUUGGGGAAGAUCGUCACCAUGCACGCGAACUGCUGCGUGGGGAUUGGGAAUAAGAUUAAGGAUCUGAAGGGCGUGUUGGGUGAUUGGAGGAACUAUACCAGGAUGCCGCCGUGGGAGAGGCACCGGGCCAAAUGGACCGUGCCCGGCGCCUGCAUCAAAGCCGAAAAACAAGUUUGAUCCAUCCAUUCAUUGAUUGAUGGAUUUCUCAGUCGUUUGUUACUUAUAGAGUAGUUUAAUUUACUUCAAAUUGUCGUGAGGAGAAUGAGAUAGACGAUCGAGUAUACCUGUAAAAUGAUGUAUAAUCGGGAAAUACAAUGUAUAUUUAUUUUAUA